CGCCUGCUCGCGGGAGGCCACGCAUGGCGCCGGUCUCUACUCCGUCCAGUCAUGAGUAUCAGAAGCUUCUCAAAGCCUUCAACAACAUGAAGGAAGACAAGCGCAUAGCAGAGUUGGAAGUACAAGCCCUUCGGGAGAGAUUUGAGAAGGCAGUGAACAAGUUGAUCAGACAGGGUCGCACCCCUCGGACCAAUCUUGCUAAGCGUAUGAAUGAAGUCACCGACGAAGAUGAACAAGCUCCACCAAGGCAGGCUGAAGAAGGCUUGGAUGAUAUCACUCUGCGGCCGUCACCACCGAAAAGGACCUCCGGACGACUGGCUACGAAGGCGGCGGUUGCUGAAAGAGCUGAAUUUGUGAAAGAAACCAAGAAGUAUCUUAAACGGUUGAAGAAACAUGGUCUGCAGAUCCUCUGCGGCAAGGAGGGCAUUACCUUUGUCACGUGCGAGCAAGCUAUCAACGAGAUCGCCGAGCUACGAGCCUCGCUUGCGUUCGACUAUCGAAGACCUGUUCAGGACAACAAGGAACCACGCCCUAUUCCCGAUUCGGACGCAGAAGAUGCCCCGGAUGAUGCUACUCUACCUCCGGACCUCGACGGCACACAGCAGGUUGACGUCGAUGAUGACGAACCUUUUUGUGACAGCUAGGGACUUUGCCCAAGCGAUCGAGGGCUUUGGAGUUUGCUUAGGCACUACCUUCCAUUUCGUAUGGAUAAACCUGGCCUGCUUAG